AUGAGUAGCCAUUCUCACUUGGCGACGCUGCCACCUUCGCCGCUUCGUGUUCUAGACGCGGACAUGGAGAAGAAGAUCAAGAAGCACCUUGCUGACAAGCAAAACCGUCAAGCUGACAUUACAUCCUGCGUGCUGGACGUGGGCCUGGUUUCUUUGUUUACAGGGCGUGGUCUGAUGGCCGUCGCAAACGCCGCUCAGCACAGCCCUUGUGUGGAGCGCUUUGACUCACAUCCAGGAGAAGCCGAAACUGCUUGCGUCGUACAAGUUUCUGGCAUCAUCGCUACCUUUGAGUUCAUUGCAAGUUUGCUCGCUGGAGUAGCUGCACUUUGCCCCAUCGAGCGGGACAAGCCGGACAAGGCCUCAUGUGCUUCAGACUCCUUGGUCGUGAUGGCUAGCGUUGGGGCCCUCAUCCAAGAAGGUGCAGCCAUGAGCCUGGAGUGUCAAGCAGAGGAGGACGAAGUUGAGCAGCAUCUCAACGAAGAGCUGGAAGGCGACAUUAUCCCCUAA